AUGUUCUCACUUUUGUACGGACUUUUGUGUUUUUGUGUGCUGGGUUGCAGUCGACAAGCAAGUGGACAACCGGAUGAUGGAAAGAGGUACAUUUGCCGCGCAGUUCCCAUCAGCGGUGAUGCCAGUUGCCCUGUGACUCUUUUACCCGAGCUUAGCACCGGGAGCCAAGAAGAAGAGCUCAGAAACACCGUCAUGCAGCUUCGAGAGACGAUUCUGCAGCAGAAAGAGAAUAUUUCCAAACAGCAAGGCACCAUCAACGAGCUCACCAACAAGCUGUCCCUUUGCGCAUCCGCCACCGACGACAGGAGGUACGAAAAGACGGGCCCCUGGAGCAAAGAUAAACAGAACACGAUGGGGGAUGUUCCGAGGGAUCCGAAUGAUACCAUUGACAGUCUUCGGAAAACCAUGCAAGGUCUCAAGGACAGGCUGGAGAACUUGGAGCAACAGCAGAUGAGGGCCAACGUGUCCGGCGCCUCGUUCCCCAGCGAGCUCCGCGACCUGCUGCAGCGUCGCCUCGGCCAGCUGGAGAAACAGCUCCUGAAGAAGGUCAACAACCUGGAGGAGCAGAAGAGCAUGCUGUCCAACGCCACGGCCGCCUAUAGGCUGAAGACGGAGAGCACGCUGAACGCACUGGUGGAGAGGAUCAGUGAGCUGGAGAAAGGGGGAGGAGACUACAAGUCCCCCGAGCAGUUCAAGCUCUCCCUCCCUCAGCGCACCAAUUAUCUGUACGGCCGCAUCACCAAGAGCCUGCCAGAAAUGUACGCCUUCACUCUUUGCAUGUGGAUCAAGUCCAGCGCCAGUCCAGGGAUUGGGACUCCUUUCUCCUAUGGAGUCCCAGGGCAAGCUAAUGAAAUUGUGCUAAUUGAAUGGGGAAACAACCCAAUAGAGCUGCUGAUCAAUGACAAGGUUGCUCAGUUGCCUUUGGAUGUACGUGAUGGAAGGUGGCACCACAUCUGCAUGUCCUGGACCACACGUGAUGGCCAGUGGGACGCAUACCAAGAUGGUGCCAAGCUGGGAAGUGGCGACAAUCUGGCGGCUUGGCAUCCCAUCAAACCUGGGGGAGUCAUUAUCCUUGGGCAGGAGCAGGACGUGGUGGGCGGGCGAUUUGAUGCCGGACAGGCUUUCGUGGGCGAGCUGAGUCAGGUGAACAUCUGGGACCGGGUUCUGAAGCCAGCGGAGAUCCAGGCUAUGGCAAACUGCAGCUCUUAUUUCCCAGGGAAUGUGAUCUCCUGGCUACCGAGCAAUGUUGAAGUAUUUGGGAGGGGAGCGUUUAAGCGGCCCUUGGAGAUGUGUCAGGAGCGGCUGGCAAACGCUUAAAACUCACUUACCUGCCUCUCUUUAGAUUAGUUCUUUCCAUCCAUUCAGCUUUUUUAAGUGUCUGCUUUUAUUGGAAGAAAGUUUAUGGAAUGAUGUGCAACUAUACAAUUUAAUCUGCUUUGCACUCUUAUUUCUUCAAAGCUGAAUAGCAGCUGUUUCGUGUUUUUUGGAAAUUCAAAGAGCCAGUGUUAAAUCGGUUUCUUUUCUGUGAUAAAGGAACUUAAUACAAAAGUACUUGAAAAAGCCCCCCUAAUGUAUUGCUGCUAUAGAAAGCCCAUACACUUACAUUCCCACACAUUUUCCUACAAUCUCCCUCCUCCUUUCCCCAUCCUCCACACUCAAGCAAGCUUAAAUUAACACUCACCUGAAGCUUUAAGGUAAUGAAAAUCCACUUUAGCCCUGUACAGACGCACGCAUGUGCUGCUACUUCUACAAAUACACUGACUCGCCGACAGUUUUCCGUUGACAUGUGAGUCGGCGUUGCGUGCUGUGUGGGAGUGAGUGACUGGGAAGAUUAACAGACUGGCGAAUGUUAUGUCUAAUACUUAACUAGGGAGUGGGCUCAGAGCAAACAACAGUUACACCUCUGGUCCAGACAAGUCAUUCUGAAGCGAAGAAGCUAAAUUUAGCACUUUGUAGUUCUGGUUUGGUGCAAUAGUCUUAUUUCUCUUGCUUUAAGUUGGCUUCUUUAUUAGUGACAUGCUUAACUAAUACCAGUGAUACUAGUAAGACUAUCACAGUGCUUUUUGAACCCGCCUUUUCCAUUUGG